CUCACGUAACAAGCCUUGUUAUAAAUAUUCCAAUUUCUUGUUAUCCCUGCCAUUAUUUUUAAAAAACGCUACUGAGAUAUAGCUUUCGCUUCGCUCUCCCAAACAAAUUUGCUCCUCGCUGUGUGAAUGGUGAGCUUGACAGUUAAUUAAUUUGAAAAUAUUUUCCACGUGUGAAAUUUAUUUUCUUAUCGAGUUUCGAAAAUUUUAGAACACGACUUGAUGACAUACGAAAACUUGCUAAACGUGAAAAUGGUUCCAGUUAAUGGUCUCUGGAAACAGUUUAGCAUUUAAUGCUAAACGUUGCCUGCAAAAAUUCGGCGAGUAAAAAAUUACAACUGGCAAUUAGAAUUUUCAAAGCAACAAUUCUGAAACGAAAAACUUUCCGCAGGCAGUUAUUUAGGAGGAAUUUUGGAAAGUUGCGUUAAAAAGUCCCUUGAUUGAUUUGAAAACCAAGGGGAUACUCUUUGUUGAUUUAUUAGAGUUUUAAUACUCUCCGUGCGAAUUUACUUCAGUUUUACUACAAAUUUUUCAUCAUAAACGUAUUAAAUUGAAAAAGCAGACGAUAGCUCAGCACGCGCUCUUUUUAUCAAGAUGAUGAUGAUGGCGGAUUUUCGGAGUUGCCGGUAUGAACCAAGCCACCAGAACUAUGCUGGACAUCCGUUGGUUGCAGGCGAGAUGCCAGAAGGGCGCCAAUUGACGGAUUUAUCUUACACCAAUUCAUCGGGGAACUCCGAUUACUACGGUUCGAACAACGUAACAUUUCAUCGCCAUUUCGAUCGUCCCUACGGCUCCGAGAUGUAUCCUUACCAAUCCCCCAAUAUCCCUUCAAGGACAUUUUUUUCACCUCUACAGCCUCCAUCUUCCGACCUCUCGAGCGUCAAAUCCGAGUUUUGUGCCCCACCGAAAGAUCAACGCCAAUAUUCUGAAAUGAAGGAUGCCAAAAAUGAGAAAGAGAUCGAGUGUGAAGUUAAACUGAUAAAAGGUGAAUCUUCCUUUGAAAAAUGCAAUGAAAAUCAUGGUUCCGAGUGCAGUUCGCCAUCAAAAGAGGAUUCUCUAGACAGAGACAGUCUGGGUUCGGACGAUGGAGAGGAUAGUGUCCCCCACGUUCUAGCCCCGGGUUUUCACGGACCAAACCGAAGGUGUCUUCUGUGGGCCUGUAAAGCCUGUAAACGCAAAACUGUGGCCAUCGAUCGAAGGAAAGCGGCGACUCUUCGGGAACGAAGAAGACUUCGGAAAGUCAAUGAAGCGUUCGAAACGCUAAAACGACGGACGUGUCCGAAUCCCAACCAAAGACUGCCGAAAGUAGAAAUUUUACGGAACGCCAUAGAAUAUAUUGAAAGUCUGGAAGAACUGUUACACGGCAAUAGAAUUCCCCGGACAGAUGACCACGUAAACGACUCAGGGUCGACCAGUGGCAGUUCCGACUACAUGACUGUCAAUAGUCCCCAGUACUACGACAAACUCCAUCACCUAGGCGACGUACAUCCGGGGUACACCCACGGCAAUGGUUACGAACAUCACCAACAGACAUCUGCGCAAGCGCAGCAGCAAGCACAUUGCGGAAACGUCUCCAGCUUGGACUGCCUGUCCUUGAUCGUGGAGAGCAUCAGCCCAAAGACUUCCGCCGGAAUGAUGACCGGGAUCUCGCCACCAGAACGCCCUCUGUAGGCAAAGAUGGCGAUCCCAACCACGAAACUCUUUAACUGCAUUGCUAUGUGUGGCUGCGCCUUAACACUGAAGGCAAGAGGAGACAUAUUCUCAAUGCCACUUCCUUGCAUUGCAAGAGACUUGAGAAAAGAGGGAAUGGAGACUUCGGGUUGUGAUCUGAAUUUAUCGAAAAUAUUUCCACGGUUUUUUCAUUCAUGGCAACCACACGCUGGUAUUGGUCUGCAAGUACCUCCUUUUAUUUGGUUUGGCGGGCUAAGUUUUGAUUACAGUUAGACCCGAUGACCGCUGAAUGUCAAGUUUGGUGAAGAGUUUAUGACUGUACAUAGACAAUAAUUGUCUCGUAGGCCAAGUAUGUAGACGGAAGAACAGUUGGUGUGCUGAAACCCAUUAUGCAAGAGGAAGGGGAAGAGAUAAUCAAUGAGUAUUUUCCUAAUUGAAACAUUGCUGUUUAUAGCACAUUCUUCGGAAAAAACUGAGCUUAAAUUGUCACUGUGCAAUCGAAUUUAGAGUGGAUUCAUGUAUACUUAUCUGUCAUAAGGAACUCUUUUGUGUUUUUUAGCUUUUUUGAGUUUAGAGUGCGAUGAUAGUUUUUUUUUCCAUCAUUACUACGCAGUUAUUCUUUGAUAUGUUUUAUAAUUAAUGGGCAGCACGUGAAUUAAGUUGCAUUAUUUUCAAUGUUCAAAUGCAAAUAGUAAGGAUGCAAUGAGUUUGUAUAUAUUAUGAAUUGAAAGUUUUCAUAAUGAAUAAUGAUAUAAUAUCUUUUUAUAUGACAUGAAAUGAAUAAUUUUGAAAUAAAACAAUAUUUUGACAAAUAAAAUCUUAAUUUCCGGUUU